UGGUCAAAAAUUACUAUGUCACCUACGAUAAUUGCGCGGAGAAAGCAGGACGAAAGCGCAUUAUAUUUAAGGACAAUAAAGAUGAAAACUGGUGAUUCUGUACUCGAAGAAGAACCAUAUUGCCAUGUAUUGUUGCAGAAACACAGAGGGGCACUUUGUGAUAGGUGCUUCACAAGGGUUGAUACAUUAAAAAAAUGCACUGGUUGUGGUGUGUUAUGGUAUUGUGAUAAGUCCUGCCAGAAAAGAGAUUGGACUGUACAUAAACUUGAAUGUAAAUGCUUGAAGCAAGUUUUACCCAAAAUUCCAAUGGACUCUGUGAGAAUGAUGCUACGACUUAUUAUCACGAAAAGUAGGAAUCUGCCAAUGAACUCAUCUUGGUCCAGGAACUUUGAUGACUUAAUGACGCGCCCUGCUUGGCAGAGCUCUUGUUUCCCUCUUGUUAACAUAAAAAGCUAUGGCUUUGUACUGCAGGUAUUUAUCAGCUAUGUUGAGCAGUUAUCACCAGUGUCAGAGAGGCAGGCUGCACUAAAAGAACAGUACUACUUUGAUUGUAAAUGUGAGAGAUGUCUAGAUGAGGAAUAUAAUGAGACAAUGACCAGUUUUUGUUGCCCUGUACAGAAUUGUGAUGGUCUUGUUUGCUUAAGUCAAGGCACUGAGUUUAAGCCCUGUAGAAAGUGUGGAACUAAAGAUUUUUCUUCGGAGUUAAAGAAAGGAGCACUUGGAGUACUGAAUGAUUGUAAAACACAACUAGAGAACAUUGACACAGAGAAAAAAUCGGGAAAUUCAAAGAAAAUGUUUGAGAAAUGUAAGAAGUUGAUACAAGAGACGAGCAAUAUUCUACACCCAUUGAACGUGUAUACUGUACGGUUAUUAGACAGGGCCUUCGACGCUGCUGUUGAAGAAGAACAGUGGGAAAAAGCUCUCAAAUAUGGGCUUAAAACAUUGAAGGCUUAUAGUACAUACUACCCGAAGUACAGUCCCAACUAUGCCAUACAGUUGUUUAAGGUGGGCAAACUACAGCUAUAUCUACAGUGCAUGGAAGACGCUUUAAGGAACUUGGAGCAAGCUCAGUCUAUCCUGUCUGUUACUCAUGGAACUGAACAUGACAUCUAUAAAAAUGUGACUCUGUUCCUGAAUCAAUGUAAGGAAGAAAUGAGGGUUAAUGGUAGUAAUGACUGAUUUGACACAAUAUCUACUUAGUUGUAACAUUUGAGCAUUAUACAUCUGAAUGGUAACUGUGCACAUAGUUGAAAUAAACAUGAUUGUGAACAUU